UGCGCCCCCCUUCCUUCCUUCCUCAUUCCCUUCCUUCUUUCCUUCCCCGCUGCAGCUCCUCUGCCUCUUUGUUUUCUGACAGGAGCUUCCCAGCCCCCUCCUCAUUCCAGCGCCAAAGCAGAGAAAGAAGAAGAAGAAGAGGAGGAGGAGGAGGAGGAGGACGGUGACAGCCCUUGUGCUGUUGCUCCUGAGUUGCCUGACCAGACGGAGAGGGCUUUGCGGAGGGGCCGGGGGGUGCAACCCACGCCGGGGCCCGUGAUGGUGGGAGCCAUCCCUCGGCAGCCGCGGCGCUUCUGGGGUGUGCCGGACUGGCAGGUGUCGCCCGUGAGCUGCACCGGGAACCACCUGCGGCUGGACAGAGAGAGCAGUACGGCGGCCGGGAAGCAGAGUCGGUGGCUGAGGGAUGUGGCCCGGCAGCUGGCUUUGUGUUAGGGGCCUGGUCCGGAGGCCCUAACCCCACGGCACUUUAGCCCUUCCUGCCCACUGCCCCCCAUGCGGCACAUCAACACGGAGUCGGCCCUCCCCCAGGAGUGCAGGACUGGCACGAGCCGGGAGGAGGAGGAAGAUGAGGAGGAGGAGGAGGAAGGAGAGGAGGAAGGGACGCCGUGCCCCUGGCGCCGGCCCCAUGGCGUUCUGAUGGGCCAUGGGCCGCCAGAGCUGACGUGCCAGAAGGUCUACCAGGUGUCCAUUUUCUCCCCGCUGGCCGGCUGCUCCCAUCCUCCGGAGCACAGGGCCCCUGGGCGACAGCCAGUCAAGCGUCCGUGCCCAGAGCCCCAGCGACUGGCCGAGGAUGGCGAGUGGGAUGCCAAGCGCGGCCUCUGGGAAGGGGACGAUGCCAUCGAAGAUGGGCUCCUGGUGGACGACCUCUCCUUGGGGGGCUCCGCACAGCACUUCUCCCACAGCGGCCUCCGGGUGGUGGAGCACCGGAGAGAAGGCAGCCCUGGCCGGCCUUGUGGAGGAGGAGGAGGAGGCCCCACCAGGACCCGAGGGGGGCAUGCCGCAGCCUCCGCUGACAGUGCCACCGCCCCACACGGGCCCUGCACACCUUGCGACACUUUGCACACGACGACGAGAGACUGCGCCCCGGCCUCGCCCGGAGGUCACUCCUCCACCUCCGGAAACGAGGGGGGCGGCAGCGGUGGCAGCACCCCUCACCUCAGCCGCCACUGUUUACUACUUGAUCCUGAUUUGCACAACUUAGCACACCCAGCCCCGCCGGGGGAACCAGACAGCGAGCACACCCAGCCCGGCACCUCGGAGGCGCUGGCGGAGCACGGCCCCGGCACUUCCCCAGGGCUGGGCUCGGCUGAGAAGACCCCCUGCUCCAGCGCUAGGCUCCUGGGAGGCAACGGCAGGAGUUGCCCCGCCAAGCGGAAGCUGCUCCCUGCGGCCGAGGGGGCUGCGGAGACGGGCUCCGAGGACGAGGGGCCUCCGCCUUCACGGAAGAAGAGGGCCCCACACAGCCCCGCCGUUCCCGCCUCCUGCCGCAGCACCGAUGCCAAGGGAGCCCCGUUCUGGAACCACCUACUUCCGGCAGCCAAGGGCUCGGCAAAUAGUGGUCCUGGCAACUGUCAGCUGAAGACUGGGUUGCGUCUCAAACAGAGAUCCCUCCGCAGCAGCCUCCGUAGGGCUUCAACGGGCAGCCGGUCCCCUCCGAGCCCCUGGGCCACCACCUCCACCAGCCGGGCCCUUCUGGGGAACUUCGAGGAGUCCAUGCUGAAGGGCCGCUUCCCGCCAUCUGGCCGCAUUGAGGGCUUCACCGCGGAGAUCGGGGCCAGCGGCUCUUACUGCCCACAACAUGCUACUCUGCCGGUGGAGGUCACCUACUUCGACAUAGCGGAGCACAAUGCCCCCUCGCCUUUCCUGGGCGUCAUUAACUUGGAAGCUCUGGGAAAGAAGGGUUACAGCAUCCCCAAGACGGGCACCAUCCAAGUGACCUUAUUCAACCCCAACAAGACAGUGGUGAAGAUGUUCCUGGUGACCUACGACUUCCAUGACAUGCCCGCCAACCACAUCACCUUCCUGCGCCAUCGCAUAUUCCUGGUUCCCGUGGAGGAGGAGGCGCAGGGAGGCGGCCCGGUCGUCAGUGAGCCCCCCCGGAGGGUGCUCUGCUACCUGAUGCACCUGCGGUUCCACAGCUCCAAGUCGGGGAAGAUCUACUUGCACGACAACAUCCGCCUGCUCUUCUCCCGCAAGUCCAUCGAGAUCGACUCGGGGAUCCCUUACGAGCUGAAGUCCUUCACGGAGCUGCCCCGCAACCCUUGCUACUCCCCACGGGCCUGACCCGGAGGACGGGCGACGCUGGAAGAAGAGCCUUGGGUUCGGCCCCGAAGGAGAAGCCGGAGCCAGGAGUGCCGGAAAGCCCUUCCUCCCCGCUUCCCCUUGGAGCCCUCACGUAGUAUUUAUUAUUGGAGGCCAGAUCGCAAAUGCAGAUGAAUAUCAUGCCCUGA